AAUAGAAAACUUUUUUUGUUCAAACAUCAGGUUUAAGUGUGUUGAUUUAGCCAUCAUUAGUUUAGCACAACCUACAUAUCCAAAAAAAUUGAAAGCACAUGUUCAGAGCUGACGUGCGUCCAUCCUUACUUCAGUGUAGAAGGACACCUUGAGAUUUCAGUUGGAACCUACUGUUGGGAAUACAACUUUAAUCAAAGUGAGGAAUUCACCAAGGGAAGAUAGGAAGACCAUGCUGAUAAUCUUUUGCUGUGAACAAGGAACAUACUUGCUUGGAAGGAUUUAAAGAAAGAACAAAAAAUGUUCCCCUUGAAGGAUGCUGAGAUGGGUGCUUCCACCUUCUUUGCCUCAGCUCUCCCACAUGACAUUUGCGGAAGCAAUGGUCUUCCUUUGACACCCAACUCCAUCAAAAUUUUGGGGCGCUUCCAAAUUCUUAAGACAAUCAUUCAUCCCAGACUUUGUCAGUAUGUGGACAUUACUAGAGGAAAACAUGAGAGGCUGGUGGUGGCAGCUGAACACUGUGAAAAGAGUUUGGAAGAUUUGCUACGAGACGGGAAACCUGUGAGCUGUUCAAGGAUCUUAUGCAUAGCAUUUGAGGCAUUGCAAGGCUUGCAAUAUAUGAACAAAUAUGGAAUGGUUCACCGAGCACUCUCCCCUCGCAAUAUCCUCUUGGAUCGAAAGGGACAUGUUAAAUUGGCCAAAUUUGGACUGUAUCAUAUGACAGCUCAUGGUGUGGAUGUUGAUUUCCCUAUAGGGUACCCAUCAUAUUUGGCACCUGAAGUUAUUGCUCAGGGGAUAGUCAAACCAAGUGAUCAUACUCAGUGUGAGAAGCCUCUACCCUCUGGCCCUAAAUCAGAUGUGUGGUCCAUUGGUAUUAUAUUAUUUGAGCUUUGUAUGGGGAGAAAACUGUUCCAGACCUUGGAAAUAGAUCAAAGACUAAAACUAAUACUUACUUUAGGCUGUGUGGAUGACAUUGUAACCGUAUUAGCUGAAGAACAUGGCUGCCUGGACGUUAUUAAGACCCUCCCUGAAAAUGUUGUGUCUUUACUGAAGAAAUGCCUUACAUUUCAACCUUCCAAGAGACCUACUCCUGAUGAAUUGCUGUGUGACAGUAUAUUCAGUGAAGUGUCCUCUUCGUAUGAACCCUUCCAUAAAGCUGCCAGUCUGUUUUCAUCCUCUUUGAGAUGUGCUAAUCUAACACUUCCUGAGGACAUCAGUCAGCUGUGUAAAGAUGAAGACUGUGAUUACCUAGCAGAAAGAUCAAUUGAAGAGGUUUAUCAUCUCUGGUGCUUGGCUGGAGGAGACUUGGAGAAAGAACUUGUCAACAAGGAAAUCAUCAGAUCAAAGCCACCCAUCUGUACACUCCCCAAUUUUUUGUUAGAGGAUGGUGAGAGUUUUGGACAAGGACGAGAUAGAAGUUCCCUUCUUGAUGACACAACUGUGACACUGUCACUGUACCAACUGAGAAAUAGGCUAAAAGAUGUGGGUGGGGAAGCAUUUUAUCCGCUGCUUGAAGAUGACCAGUCAAAUUUACCUCAUUCAAAUAGUAAUAAUGAGCUGUCUGCAGCUGCCAAUCUUCCUCUGAUCAUCCGAGAGAGGGACACAGAGUACCAGCUAAACAGAAUCAUCCUUUUUGACAGGUUACUGAAGGCCUAUCCAUACAAAAAAAAUCAAAUCUGGAAAGAAGCCAGGGUUGACAUUCCUCCACUUCUGAGAGGCUUAACCUGGGCUGCCCUCCUGGGGGUUGAGGGUGCCAUUCAAGCAAGGUAUGAUGCUAUUGAUAAGGACACUCCAAUUCCUACAGAUCGACAAAUUGAAGUUGAUAUUCCUCGAUGUCAUCAGUACGAUGAGUUGCUGUCAUCACCAGAGGGCCAUGCAAAGUUUAGACAUGUAUUGAAGGCAUGGGUUGUAUCCCAUCCUGAUCUUGUGUACUGGCAAGGUCUAGAUUCUCUUUGUGCACCAUUCCUGUACUUGAAUUUUAACAAUGAAGCUCUGGCCUAUGCCUGCAUGUCAGCUUUUAUUCCCAAGUACCUGUAUAACUUCUUCUUGAAGGAUAACUCUCAUGUUAUUCAAGAGUACCUGACAGUGUUUUCCCAGAUGAUUGCGUUCCAUGACCCAGAGCUGAGUAACCAUCUCAAUGAAAUUGGCUUCAUUCCAGAUCUGUAUGCUAUUCCUUGGUUUCUCACAAUGUUUACACAUGUCUUUCCUUUGCACAAAAUUUUUCACCUUUGGGAUACCUUACUUCUUGGGAAUUCUUCCUUUCCAUUCUGCAUUGGAGUGGCUAUCCUACAGCAGCUGAGGGACCGGCUUCUGGCUAAUGGGUUCAAUGAAUGCAUUCUACUCUUUUCAGACUUGCCAGAAAUCGACAUUGAACGUUGUGUCCGUGAGUCAAUCAAUCUCUUCUGCUGGACUCCUAAGAGUGCUACAUACAGGCAAUAUGCACAGCCUCCAAAGCAAGCCAAUGAGAGCAAUGGUACAAGAGGUUCUAUGUCUUGCUUUUCAGCAGAGUAUCAGGAUACACCUAAAAGUGAUCUGUCUAGGGACCCUAUCAAGUUGGAUGAUCUGAAGGCAGAGGUAUCACCACGGAUAUCAGCAGAAGAUCUGAUUGAUUUAUGUGAACUGACUGGACCCAGCCAUUUCAAAACACCUACCAAAAAAGCCAAAUCUAGCAAGCCAAAACUGCUGGUGGUUGAUAUCCGUAACAGUGAAGACUUUAACCGUGGCCACAUUUCAGGCAGCAUCAACAUUUCAUUUGGUUUGGCUUUCACAACAGAAGGAGAGCUCAUCCAGUGCCCUGCUACUGCUACACUCCAGAGCUUUAAAGGAAGAGUUGUUGUAAUUGUAGGACAUGUGGUGAAGAACACAGCUGCUUUUGCAGCUCAUCUAGUGAAAAACAAGUAUCCACGGGUCUGCAUUCUGGAUGGAGGCAUAAACAAGAUAAAGCCCACUGGUUUACUGACAGUUCCUUCCCCACAAAUAUGAGCAACUACAGAUGUUGUGAAAAUCAAUUUAAAGAUUGCUGUUUCUAUACACAGCAUAUGAACAUUGUCAACCAUAAGGGCAUUAU